CCCACAGAAAAUAUAUUGCAUAAAAUAUGUCUUGAUGGUGAAUUUUGCACUGUUGUGUACAGGUAAUAGUCAUACAUAUGCUGAUGGAUUUAACCAGUACAGUAGUGGCCACGAGGUCUUGCACAUUCUGUCGGAGCUAAAGGACGCCCGCACAAAUUGUGGGCGUUAUUUCUGUAAUAAUAUUUUGGAUUUUCUUAACUAACAUUACAUCACUCAUAGCAGGAUACAUUGACAUGGCAAUGAACUUGUGCUCAUGCAAUGCAAUAUAAAAUGCAAGGGGCCCUUGCACCAAGGUGCAGCUACUGCGUAGGUCGUUUAUAUUCCAGACCCUUGGAGCAAUCUGAGAUGCUGGAAAAUGCUGCAUUGCGAGCUACUCGCACAAGCCCACGUUCAGUCACGCCAACUUUGAUUUGAGCAAUUACUCAUCAAAUCAAUAUGCGUAAGCAACACAUCACAUUCCAGGUUUCCAUUACCGGUGUGAAAAUAAUAGGACGAAAGGGCCCUCACCACAGCCCCGUAGCACCGUCUAUACCUUGUGCACAUCAAAUGAACCUACGGCUGUCAACCCAGUCGUUACAUCUCUGUGUUGUCUGAAUGCUGUGUGUGCAAUUGGCGAUGGACACUGAGCGUGCCUUUAAAUCAGUGGAAAGAGAAAGUCGCACAUUGAAAGGCUGCGAGGACUGAUGUGGUUUCGAAGGGCAUGCGCUAAGGCAUCUGUAAAACUAUACGGGAUACGCAGGAGCAUAUCAUUGUUCAGGCUGACCUGUCAACUCUAAAGCAAUCCAAAGGAGGUAGGUGGUCGUUUGGCAGGGGCAGCUGUGCCCUCAAGCUUAAUGUGACAUCACGGGCAUGAGGCAGAUUGCACUGGCACAGUGCCCCUGAUUAUCUUAUUCACACAGAUUGGUUUCAGCUUUAAUGCUGAGCGUUAAAAUCUGCGCUAGCCGCUUCUGCAUUGCACGCUAGUUAUCUUUCGCUGCCUUCUUCAUUUAUCUCUGAUCUCUCUUUGUUGGGCUCCCUCCACCCCCCCCCCCAAUCCACAACCACGUCUUCCUCUCCGUGGGCCUCGUUCACGACCACUUGCCACUAUCGUGAAAUUGUGCUGAUUUCAUGUCACACGUCGGUGAUAUUUUCACGUCCAAUGUCACGUUGGAAUUUGUAUUUUAUCAUUUGGAUUAUUCUCUCAGACACAAGCACACAAUGCAUGAACAUUGUCAGAAGGAUCAAGAGUAUUUAACAGCACGUUGCUAAAAACAACUUAGGAGCAGAUAGCGCUGCGUUCAGGCUGCGUGUGACGUGUUUGGAUAGAAGCCGCUUAAGCUUCCAUCGAUUUGAAGGAUAGAACGCGGCACAAAUUACCAAUUGCUUUAUUAUUUUGAAGACUUAAGGUCACGACACAUCUAUGGGGACACGGUGAGUUCUAAUAUUUCAAACUGCAAAACCGAGGUCUAAUGCUCAAAUGUUAUUUUUUUUAGCUUAUUGUUACUUACAACUAUCGUGCAAUUGCUGCAAAUUAAUGCAUGUGUUAAAAAAAAAUGGGUAAAAAAAUACCGAGGAGGAAUGGUCAGACACGUGGGCCAAUGUGUGCUGGCGGGACACGUAUUGAUGCUGUUCUGGUGAAUAAGCCCGAGCGUCCUUUAUAACGCGUGCAUGGGAGAACAUUUGCCUUGGGGGCUCCGUGCACGUCGCGAGUGCGAUUCUCUGUUCUGCUGCAAGGGGAGAGCAACACAUAACAAGCCGAGAGACAGGUAAUUUUUUUUAAAGCUGGAUCAACAACCAAACAAUAAAGGAUGCUGCUGUUAUAUUAUAGCUUGCUGUUACAACUUAUCAAGUGCAGCCAAGGAAGUCAAGAAUACAAGGAGGGUGAUGCCCUUCCUCAGAAAAUUCAGAACCUCAUGCGGGGAUAUAACAAGUACCUCCGGCCCUCUUUUGACAAUGGGCCAGUUGCCAUCGGCAUGAGUCUCGACAUUGCAAGCAUUGACACCAUCUCUGAGAUCAACAUGGACUACACGGCGACAAUCUUCCUACGGCAGCGCUGGCAGGACGAGAGGCUGUGCUUCGAGGGCAACAAGAGCCUGAGUCUGGACGGGCGGCUUGUGGAGCUGCUGUGGGUGCCCGACACCUUCAUCGUGGACUCGAAGCGUUCCUUCCUGCACGACAUCACGGUGGAGAACCGGCUCAUACGCAUAUUCCCCAACGGAACGGUGCUCUACGCCCUGCGAAUCACCACCACAGUGGCCUGCAACAUGGAUCUUACCAAGUAUCCCAUGGACAAGCAGACCUGCACCCUGCAACUGGAGAGCUGGGGAUAUAAUACGAACGAUCUGGUGUUCUACUGGACACGCGGAAACGACUCUGUGCGGGGACUCGACACACUCAAACUUGCCCAGUACACGGUGGAAGGGUACUACACCUCUGUUUCUGAGGCCGUCUAUGAAACCGGCCAGUACCCGAAGCUGGUGUUUCACUUCAAACUGCGGCGUAACAUCUUGUAUUUCAUCCUGGAGACGUACAUUCCGUCCGUGCUGCUCGUUGUGCUGUCCUGGGUGUCCUUCUGGAUCAGCCAGUCUUCUGUCCCUGCCAGGAUUUGUAUCGGCGUCACCACGGUGCUCACCAUGACCACGCUAAUGAUGGGCGCGCGCACCUCCCUGCCCAACGCCAACUGCUUCAUCAAGGCCAUCGACGUCUACCUGGGCAUCUGCUUCAGCUUCAUUUUCGGGGCCCUCGUGGAGUACGCCGUGGCGCACUUCCACACGCUCGAGCAGGGACACAUCCACGACAUCCAACGGGAGCUGAAGAAGGAGUUCGAGGAGAGCAACGGGAUGGUACAGACCCCCGUGACACGCUGCCCCGCAAAGACGGCGGACAGCUACGACGGAGGCAGCGGCAGUGGGAAUGGGCAUGGGCACUCCUCGUCUCCCGGGCACGGACACUCCUCAUCUCCUGGGGAACCCAAGCCCAACGGCGCUCCCCAGGGCAUCAACGUGGAAGGGAAGAAGCUGAAGAAGCGGCUGGUGUGCAUCAUGAACUGCUGCACAGUGCAGAACCCACACCACAUUGAUAUCUACUCUCGCAAGGCCUUUCCCCUCACCUUCAUCGUCAUCAACCUUUGCUAUUGGAUCUACUAUCUCUAUCUGUAAUCCACAUGCGUGCGAAUGAGUGUGUGUACGUGUGUGUAUACCUGUGUGUUUGCGGAGCAGUAGCGUAGUGGUUGGUGCACUGUGCUACACACCUAGCGCCUGAGUUCAAUUCCUGGUCGUGGAGUACAUUACCGGCGAUUAUCUGAAUCUGUCCUGGGUCAAUUAACCUUAAAUGAGUAUCUGACACAGUGUGUAAAGAUCAGCACUGGGGAGACAAAGGCGGCCAUGCAUGGUGUUGGCUCAUGAACCUGCUGAUUUUACUGUGUAACAUUUGUUUUUUUGUUCCUGGGUAGUAAGUGUUUUUUUCCUAAUUGCUUAUGCCUCGAAAGUAGAGAAAAUGGCUAUUAUCCUGCACAAACUUUGCUUUUGUGACCAGGACAAUGAUAUUU